AUGUCCGACCCGGUCCCCGUCCUGCUCAAGCACCUGCCCAAGAACGAGAACGAGUACGACAGCUACAGCCUCCACAAAGCCAUCUUCACGCAUGUCGAAAAGAGUGUCGCACCGGCAGCGUCUCCCGACACAUGUCCGCCACUGUCUGUGAUCAUAUACGCCAUACAGAAUAUACUGACCGUCAAGCCGCCCUCCCUUGAUUUGCUCCCCUCUCUGCUCCAACUCCUCGUCCAUCUCGAGACAGUCCGCCUCGACCUCAUCGACAAACUGAGCGCUAUCCUCCGCCGACAUGAACACCUCGCCGACAUACACCGCAAAUCCCUCGAAAGCCUCACCAAGCCCUCCCGCACCGCCGCCCAGCGCACGGUCUACCGCAACAUCAUCGACAGCGUCUGCCUCCUCCACAUCCACCACCUCUGGCGCACCUACGACCCCGCGCGCUCCGCCCCGCUCACCUCCGCCCUCAUCGCCUACUUCCCCGCCUUCUUCGCGCGCGACCCCGACACCCGCGCUGCGUGCGCCGCCGCACUCACGGAGCGCCCCUGGCACCACGGCAUCGCCCCGGACGAGCUCGAGCGGAACGCGCGUGUUGGCGCGCAGGCCGCCGAGUUCAUGGUGCACGCCGCGCAGUACACGGCGGACCCAGUCGCGUACGCCACGGAGCACGGGUUUGAGCCCGACGCCGAGUUUGACGACGUCUUCCCGCCUCCGGACCUGGAUAAGAUCGCGGAGGCGGUGCAGCGGUUCAUAGGGAUGGUGCAGCCUGCGCAUGACGAGCUCCGCUCGAUACUCGGAGAUCAGCUGUAA